AUGGAGUGCGUCCACAAAUACCUGGACAAUCUGUCCCAGUUCCGCGCCGCCGACCUGUCGCAAUGCCAGACCACCCUGGUGUUUGGCCUCGGCGCUGUUGGCGGAGCCUUUAUAUUCUGCCACGCCUUUACGUUUCUCCGCGUCCUGCUCAGUCUGUUUGUGCUGCCGGGAAAGUCGUUGAAAAGCUUCGGCCCCAAGGGCAGCUGGGCAGUUAUUACAGGAGCCUCUGAUGGCCUGGGUAAAGAGUUUGCCUUCCAGAUCGCGCGUGCCGGAUUCAACCUUGUGCUCGUCUCACGCACCGAGUCCAAACUGAUCACCCUCGCCGAUGAAAUCAAAGCGAAGAACCCCUCCCUACAGACCAAGGUCCUCGCCAUGGACUUUGCCGAGAACAACAAUGCGGACUACGAAAAAUUGAAGACUUUGGUACAAGGACUGGAUGUAUCGAUCCUGGUGAACAACGUAGGCCGCAGCCACAGCAUACCCGUGCCCUUCAACGAGACUCCCGAGGAUGAGGUUGCCGACAUCAUCACUAUCAACUGCCACGGCACUCUACGUGUCACCCAGCUCAUCACGCCCGGCAUGAUUGAACGCAAGCGCGGCCUGAUCCUGACUAUGGGCUCGUUCGGCGGCCUCGUGCCCACGCCACUUCUGGCCACCUACUCUGGCAGCAAAGCCUUCCUGCAGUACUGGUCUACUGCACUAGGCGCCGAACUCGAACCCUACGGUAUCACUGUGCAGCUCCUGCAGGCGCAUCUCAUCACCUCGGCCAUGUCCAAGAUCCGCAAGCCAACUUUGACGGUGCCUACACCGAAGGCGUGGGUGUCUACAGCACUGAGCAAGAUUGGCCGCAACGGCGGUUCUCCGCAGUAUACGUAUACUUCGUCUCCGUACUUUAGCCAUGGCAUCAUGGCCUGGUUCAUUACCUGCGUUAUGGGUGUAUUUAGCAAGCGGGUGCUCGGAAUUAACAAGAGCAUGCACGAGUCGAUCCGCAAGAGGGCGCUCAAGAAGGCGGAGCGCGAGAAGGGAAAGAAGGCUCUGUAG